ACAUUACCAGGCAGAAUCUCACUGGAGGAAAUCUUUCUUGCGCUACAAAAUUAAUUCCUAAAGCUUUGAGCCACUAGCCAUUAAUUACCUGGACAUUAAAAAUUUAAAAUAUUAGAAAGUUUAGCUUUCCAAUGUGCGGACUUUUUGUACUACUAGAUCAAGAUCUCUUUUCUAAGUUUUGACUUUUUAUGCUCUGUUUCUUUCUCUCACUCUGCUUGGAGUAAGCAAGAACUUUGAACAAGGAAGAAAAUGGGCAAUUACCAUGAACAGGAAGAGUCCUUACUAAACCACUCACAUAGUUCAAGAAUGGGUGGUCUAAGAACCAUCCCUUUUAUAAUAGUGAAUGAAGCAUGUGAGAGAAUUGCAAGUUAUGGGUUGCAACCAAAUAUGAUAAUCUACAUAACAACAUUUUAUCAUAUGGAAGCUGCUGCUGCAUCAGUCUUGCUUGGAUUAUGGUCGGCAGUUUCAAAUGGUUUGGCUAUUUUGGGGGCCUUUAUUUCUGAUUCUUAUUUGGGAAGGUUUAGGGCUGUUGCUAUUGGAACCAUCUCUAGUCUACUUGGAAUGUCUGUUCUUUGGCUCACCACAGUAUUUCCACAACUCAGGCCAUUACCCUGCAGUCAGUAUCAACAUGACUGUGGUGGAACAACGGUAUCCCAGUUUGCGGUAAUUUUGUUUUCUUUUGGGCUUAUGUCCAUUGGUGCUGGUUUUGUUAGACCUUGUUCCAUAGCAUUGGGUGCCGACCAAUUGGAGAACAAAGAAAAUCCAGAUAAUGAAAGACUUAUGGAUACCUAUUUCAACUGGUUUUAUGCCAGUGUAGGAAUUUCAAUUUUUCUUGGAGUUACUGUAAUUGUUUAUAUCCAAGACAAUUUGGGUUGGCAAAUUGGGUUUGGGGUCCCUGCUUUGCUCAUGGUUUUAUCUGUUUCCGUUUUGUUGAUCGGAUCUCCUCUUUAUAUCAAAGCAAAACCUGAAGGCAGUAUGUUUACUGGAUUGUUUCAAGUAGCAGUGGCAGCCUACAGAAAAAGAAAUAUCGAUGUUCAGCUGAAUUAUAAUGACGACUGCUACUAUAAAGCACCUGAAUCAAAGCUCCCGGAACCAUCCACUGACUUCAGGUGGUUGAAUAGAGCUUGCAUAAUUCAAGAUCCUCACAUUGAGUUGAAACCUGAUGGAGAAGUUUCAGAUCCAUGGAGUCUGUGCUGUGUGGAGAAAGUGGAAUUAAUGAAGUGUUUUCUUAGAGUUCUUCCAAUGUGUUCCACCUGUCUUAUGCUUCUUGUGACGUUCAGUCCGCCACUUUUGAUAUAUCAACUACUAUCCAUGGAUAGACACAUUCUCCCUCACUUUGAGAUCCCAGCAGGAUCAUUUGGCAUGAUUACCCUUAUUAGUUUGACAAUCUGGAUGGCUUUUUACGAUCGUGCUUUGGUGCCUUUACUGGCAAGGUUUACUGGACAGUUGACAGGGUUGAGUCCAGUUGCCAGAAUGGGAGCUGGCUUAGCUCUCGGCAUUGUGGCUGCGGCACUUUCAGCAAUAACAGAAACCAUACGACGCAACAAGGCAAUCGAUGCAGGGUUUGAGGAUGACCCGAAUGCUGUGAUAAACAUGUCCUGUAUGUGGCUCGCGCCACAGUUGGUACUAACCGGGAUGGCUGAGGCUUUGAAUGUGGUUGGACAGAUUGAGUUCAUAUACACUCUAUUUCCAAAAACCAUGUCCAGCUUUGCAGCAGCUAUUUACACAUUCGGCCUUGCCCUUUCCAGCUUAAUGGGCAGUGUCUUGGUGAGCGUGGUGGAUAGAGUUACCUCAGCUGGAGGCAACACGAGCUGGCUUGCGACCAACAUAAAUAGAGGUCAUCUAGAUUACUACAAUUGGCUAUUGACUUUCUUAGGUGUGAUUAACUUCCUCUAUUUUCUGGCCAUUUGUUGGUUUACGGAGCAUCAUCAUGAUGGUAGGAGUAGCUUAUCUCCUGAGGAAGAAGAGGAACAAUCCGAGGAUAGGCAUUUAAAUGGUGCUUCAUUGUAAUGAAGUGCGUACGCUGUGUUUAUGCUUGAAUCAUUUGCAUGUAGUGACGUCCGUUGAAUUCUUGACAAAAAAUAAGUUACGGGUUUCCUUUUUUUAA